AUGCCCGCUGAGAGAGUCCUCAUCUGUGGCGCUGGAAUAGCAGGUUCUGUACUGGCAUUCUGGCUUGCCAAGCAUGACUACCAGGUUGUCGUUAUUGAGCGAUCAAAAGUGGAUCAGAAGACCGGACAAGGCCUAGAAAUCGAAGAGCCGGCCUUGACGGUAGUCCGAGAGAUGGGAAUCCUUGAGGAGCUCAAGGCGAACAGAACUCAUGAAACAGGAUUCAACCUCGUCGACCAGCAAUCUCGCUCACAUGGCACCUUCGAAGUCGGCGCCUCAAGCCCUACAGGCGAACUUGAGAUGAUGCGCGGUGACUUGACCGAGAUUUUGUAUAAAGCCGCCAACAAGUCUUCCAACGUCACUUACAGAUUCGAGACCGUGUUGCAGAAUCUCACACAAACACAAGACAAAGUCAUUGCCGGCUUGGAGAACAGAAACAGCAAGACCACAACAACCGAGGAAUUCGACUUCGCUAUCGGCGCCGACGGGGUGAAGUCUCGCACCAGACAGCUCAUCAUGGGCCCGCCAGAGGAGUUGAAUUGUUUCAAACCCGUCGGCGCCUCUGUUGCAUACUUCUCAAUACCUAAAGAGGACCAAGAUCUGCCCUACUCCCGACUCUGCAACUUCCCCGACCGACGUGUAAUAUGGAUACGGCCAAUCCGAAGGGAUUCAAAAGAAGUCUCAGUAUACCUCAUCCACUUACAAACCGCCAACACCACGCUACGAGAAGCCAACAGCUCUGGCGACAGGCAGAAGCAGAAGGCCGCUCUUGCCGAGUCCUUCAGUGGACUGGGCUGGGAAGCCCCACGAGUGAUAGAGCACAUGAUGAAUGCUGACAAUUUCUACUCUGACGAGCUCGUGCAAGUCAAGCUUCCCACAUGGUCCCAACACCGUGUGGCACUCCUCGGCGACUCGACCUGGGCUCCGACUCCCUUUACAGGCCAGGGAAACCAACUGGCAAUCAUAGGAGCUUGGGUCCUGGCUCAGGAAAUGUCACGACAUCGAAGUCGAGCCGCCUUCGAGAAGUAUGAGACGAGACUUCGGCCAUACGUCGAGACCUGCCAGCAGAUACCGCUGGGAGGCUAUGCACCAUAUCUCUGCUGUCCUAAGACGAUCUGGGGGAUUUGGCUCUUUCGGACAUUCAUGUAUCUGUUGUCGACCAUGAUGCGAAUUUAUGCACGGGUUGUCCCGGCAGGCAAGUCAACAGGCCAGCCAUCACAUAGCCCAGAGUUUGAUUUAGAAGUCGAUGGUGUUUCGAAGUCGACGCGGUAA